AUGGAUGAAGAACCAGAGAGAACCAAACGCUGGGAAGGUGGCUAUGAGAGGACAUGGGAAAUUUUGAAGGAGGAUGAAUCAGGGUCACUCAAAGCCACAGUUGAAGAGAUCCUGUUCCAGUCCAAAAGGGACCGGAUAGUUAAAAGCUGUGGCCAAAUAAGACUUGGAAUGAUGCGGCAUCUUUUUGUGGUGAUUGACUCUUCUAGAAGUAUGGAGGAUCAAGACUUAAAACCAAACCGUCUCACUGCAACUCUUAAGCUUAUGGAAGCUUUUAUUGAAGAAUAUUUUGACCAGAAUCCUAUUAGCCAGGUUGGAAUAAUCAUUACCAAAAAUAAAAGAGCCGAGAAGCUCACUGACCUUUCAGGGAACCCCAAAAAGCACAUCGCCGUUCUAAAGAAAGCAGUAGACACUGUGUGUCUUGGAGAACCAUCUUUAUACAAUUCCCUGAACUUGGCGUUACAGACCCUGAAACACAUGCCAGGACACACAAGCCGGGAGAUUUUGAUUAUCCUCAGCAGCCUUACCACAUGUGACCCAGCCAACAUCUAUGAGAUGAUCCAGACCAUGAAGUCAUUGAAGGUGCGGGUGUCUGUGAUCGGCCUGUCAGCAGAGGUUCGGGUGUGUACCAUGUUGACAAGGGAGACUGGCGGCACAUACCAUGUCAUCUUGGAUGAGAGCCAUUUCAAAGAAUUACUUCUCACGCUGCACGUGAAACCUCCCCCUGCCAACUCCUCAUCUGAGUGCUCUUUAAUACGAAUGGGUUUUCCCCAGCAUACCUUUAGCUCUAUGGCUGACCAGAAUGCCAAACCCUCUUUCAGCAUGGCUUUAUUAGAUGGCGGUAACGAUCCAGGCCUGUCUCUAGGAGGAUACUUUUGUCCACAGUGCCAUGCUAAAUACACAGAGCUUCCAGUGGAAUGUAAAGUUUGUGGUUUGACUCUUGUGUCAGCACCACAUCUCGCCAGAUCAUUUCACCACCUCUUCCCCCUACAUGCCUUCACUGAAACACCAUUAGGAGACCACCCAGAUAAAAGGUUCUGUGAUUCUUGUCAAGGAGAAUUGAAAGAUAAAAGAAUGUUCACCUGCUCAUCUUGUAAUAAUAUAUUUUGUGUGGAGUGUGAUCACUUCAUUCACGACUCCCUACACUGCUGCCCUGGCUGUGUUCACAGUCAACAAGCUCCUUAA